GCAGCUGUGUGCCACGCGCCCACCUUCUGUUCUUGACCGAGGAAACAACCCCUCAAGGCACUUCGCAUCAACUUCCUUCGCCAUCGAAAGCAAUGGCUUUCGCAAGUAUUGGCAAGGCCAAGCUGGUUUGCAUAAUCUUCCUUCUGUGCAGUGUAUUUCGCAUUGUUGAGCUGAUCGUCAUAAGUGCCUACCCUACUGAAGAAGAUAGAUACGGCCAACGGGUGGUGCUCCUGGUGUUUAUCUUUCUGAAGGCAUCGUUCGAGUCUGUCAACUGCUUUGCCGACAUCGGACUAUUCUUCAGUAUGAACAAUUUUCAGGAUUCUCAUGCGCCUCUGAGAGUGUUUAUUGUUUGGCAUUUGUUGUCGGCGAUCGGCGGCGUCCCUGUCAGCCUCUACAUAUUCUGGUACAGACACGGAGACACAUUCCAGCCGAAAGACCCAAGGACGACGAUUCCAGCGAUCACAACGCCGUCUACGUCUCCGCCUCCAGAAGAGAACACGUUCGACCUCACUUCGCUCGCUGAAUCGGGAGCUAAGCUGAUGAAUAAAGAGUACUUCAUAGGCAGCGCCGUCUCCACCCUGAUCGAACUCCUUAUAAAGUUAUUCAUGAUGUACCACUUCAUCACCUUCUACAACCUGCGAGUAGCGGAAAGAGCGAGGUUAAUAGCUAAAGCGGAAUCACAUAACUCCAAAGGGAAAUCAGCACAAGCACCACACCCCGAUAAGAAACCCUCCGGACUUCCACUGCAAGAAGCCGACCAUAAAGGUUCGGGACUACGACCACCUCCGCCGCCACCACCGCUGUCACCUUCGAAAGCUGAAGCCGCGAAGCCGAACCCGGCUGGCGCUCCUCCUAAAGGGUGACUGUGCGGAGCGAACAACGCCAUAGACUCUCUUCUUGUAUCCAUUCAUUUCAUUUAGAUAGAAAUGCUGACCGAGAAGGAAAUUAAACUAAAUUUCCCU